AGUCUUUGAUAAGGGGGUUACUCUGUCACUAGAAGACUAGAACAACUCAACAGAAACCAUAAUCGAUAAGAGCUUGAGGGUAGAAUGGCUCUUAGGUGUCAUUCUCCGUCUUGAGCGUCAUUUUAUAGAGUAAGGUAGCCUCGUCUUUCGAAUGAUGCAUCUCCUAUAUUCUGUCUCCAUGAGUGGCUAAUUCGAUAGUUGUGUAGGUUUGCGAUAUACGUCUGUGUUCAUACUACCAUACGUCGGUCGAGUUUUACUAUUUAGGCCACAAAUUAAUCGGAGUUUGGGCAUGAUACUAUACCCUAAUCUCUAAUAGGUGAACCUCAUCCCCUAAUUCUAUAACUCGAACCAUAAAGUUCAUUUAAUCUAAAAUAAUAAUAACCGGCAGUUCUGAUUUGUCGAAAUAUAUCGAAAUACAAAUAAUAAGUGUGAACGCAGACAUGGAGCGUAUGCAAGGUAACGAAGAAUUAUCAAACUUGAAUUGUUUAACUAAUUUUAGUGACCACAAAUAGAAUAAAAUAUUUUUAGUUAUUCAAUAUGAAAAUUUUAAGUAAUUAUAGUGACCAAAUUUGCAAUUAUCCCAAAAUUUAAGGGCAUUGCUAUUCGUCGCCCUAAAAUUUCUUAUUUGUCGCCCUAAUUAAAUUAAAAUUACUCUAAUGCCCUUAAUUCAUUUAUUUCUCUUUCAAACACUUAAAUCCAAAACAAACUCAUAUACUUGCAUCAAAUAACGAAUAUCAAAUAAUUCUAUAUCACAUUGGUAUAUUUGUAAUAGUUAAUUAAUAAUUCCAAUAGCAUUUUUUUAAAUCAAUUCGACUUGUCUUCAAUAGCGGCGACCGGGUUGAAAAAUCGCCGGCGACAGGUACGUCCGCCGCGGCAACAUAAUAAUAAUAAAAAAUCAUCCUUGUGGCAUUGGUCGUCGUCUUCUUUCUGGCAGUGACACCGGUCGAUUAGCAACGGCGGUAGGACUUAGGAUACAAGUAGUAUUCUCGUCCGCUUCUUUCUGCCUUCUAUCCGCUUCGUCUGCCUUCAUCUUCCUCCCUGUGGUCGAUGACAACGUCGUGAUUGGGGUGGGCGUCGGAUUUGGGUUGUGGAGGGAAUUUGGUCGGCGGGAGGGAUUGGGGUCUGGGGUUGGAGGGGUUUUGGGCGGUCGAUGAGGGUGGGGGAGUAGUUGCUGGCGGCAGAUUUGGGUGGGGAAGAGACAGGGGAUUGUUUGGGUGGAUAGAAAUUGAGUUGAGGGUAAAUAUGUCAGUUUGUUGGGGCGACAAAAUUUAAAUUUUAGGGCGACGAAUAGCAAUUCAGAAAUUUAAUCUCGAUAUCUGUGUGAGGCGCCGCUUUUCCAAUCCACGGAAAGCUACAGCCUGAAGAACUUUUGUCCCUUCCUAAAUGCUUGCCAGCUUCACAAUGUUCUCCUCCUCUCUUUUCCACCUUCCUUCCGCUUCUUUUCUCCUCCCUGCAAAAAGCUAUCUAGGAAAGGAGCCACAAAGUUGCAGUCUUUUUUCCUCUCAGUAUCACAUUCCCCUCUGAGCUCGCUCCACCUCCAUUGCCUUCAAAGGGGGUUGAGCCGUAGCUCAACAGAAGCCAGAGAUAAAAAAUGGACAAGGCACUCACUAAAGUCGGCAGCUUGAAGCUUGGCAAUUCUUGGAUCUCGAAGAAAGCUAAGGAAGAGCUCACUAAUAUUAGUGAUGAUUUGACAACUUUUUCAAACACUGUUGAAGAGAAGGCCAAAUGGAUCUUCAACAAGCUGAAAGGAAAGCCAUUGAAGAGCUUGCCAGAUCUGCUGCGAGAGUACAACUUACCACCGGGUCUCUUCCCUCAGAACAUAACCUGUUAUGAAUUCGAUGAUGCCACGGCCAAGCUGGUCGUGCACUUGCCUGCUGCUUGCGAGUUGAGCUUUAAGGACUCUUCCGUGAUCAGGUACUCGACUCGAGUAAAAGCGAUCUUUGCAAAGGGGAAGCUCAAUGGCAUAGAGGGAAUGAAGACAAAGUUCCUGGUUUGGGUUAAGGUUUCCAAUGUGGCUGUUGAGGGCUACAAGUCUGAUAAGGUUUGGUUCACUGCUGCUGGAGUCAAGAAAUCUAGGCCAAGGAUUCAGUAUGACACCCCUCAGGCAGCCGUUCGGGUUCAGGAAUUCUGAAUCAUUGUUCAGUAAUGCUGUUGCCUUUUGGGAUCAAAUGUCUGAUGAGCUAUUUUUGUUGUUUUUCAGCAGAGUUUUGCUUAGUCAAUCAAUGCUUCAAGAUAUGGAAAUAUGUUUGUCCACAAUGGACCCAUAUUUGUAAGUGUCCAGUUGGUUCUUAAUGGGUAUCUGUAGACAUUUGUAUGAUGAGAUGGUUCUGGAGUUAAAAGUAAGGCUAAACCCGCUCGCUUCUCCAACUUCUGCACUUUUGAACGAAAUGAGAUCUUUUCGACGAAUGCCCAUAAUUGAAUAGCAUGAAAAGGCUUGGCUAUGAAGUCUCACUGAAAUUGAAUCCCAACUUUCCAGUGAUCUACCGUUCACAUUGACACUUUAACUGUGUUUUGGCUUCACUUUUGCCAUGUAUGGUGGAGAGUUCCUAUGUGGAUGCUGACACUCAAGUUGUAUUUUGGUGUCGGUCUGCUAUCGUGUGGUGGAGACGGGAGAUCUUUAUCGUGGUGGUUGUCACGUCUUCUUCUUGCAAAGCUAUUAGAGCAGGAUGAAGAUACAAAGUUCACCACUAGGAACAGUCAUAAUUUUAAGGGUCUAUUCAUUCAUGGGAGGGGACGAGAAGAAGAACUGUGUAUUACAUAGUAGAAACCAAGAUUUAUGUUUAUACAAUUUGAUGUCACAAUUACUCGACUUAAGCAGAAUUGAUAAGUGGUUUCGUGACUUCGUCAUUUAAACUGAUGCACACAGCAUGCAAAUUAAAGAGAAUUUGUCAA